AUGGCUUCAGGUAGAUUCACCCUAAUCGAUAUUCCGACCAAGGAACCGCGAAAGUGCUGGUCUUUGAAUCCAUGGAAAACUCGGAUGCUUUUACACUAUAAAUCGAUUGAUUACGAGACAGAAUGGGUCGAAUACCCACAUCUCCAGGCACGACUUGAGCCAUUUGUUGCCCCAAAUGCCAGUGGACACAAAUUCAGCAGUCCAGCUCUUAAGCUACCGAAUGGAACUUAUCUCAUGGACUCUUACGUCAUUGCCGAAGCCAUUGAGAGAAGCCAUACAACACCAAGUCUUCAUCUUGGCAACCCUCUCCAGCAGCCGCUCCUUGAUGCACUUCAUAAGCUGGACGUGGUUCUAGAGCCAGUUUAUAAAACUAGAGUCCCUAAGGUGUAUUUGAGUGAGAUCAGCAGAGAAUACUUCGAAAGGACGAGAUUCGAGCGCGUCGGCACGUCUCUUGAACGAUUCGAAAAAGAAAAUCCCCUAAACCUGGUAUUCAAGAAGCUUGCUCCCAUUUUUAGAGAGCUGAAUGAUAUUGUUAAGAAAAACCAGGGGCCAUUCAUCUUAGGCGAGGAAGUGAGCUACGCUGACUUUAUUCUCGGUGGUUGGUUGCUUUUUUUCAAGGGCAUGGGCGAUGACGUUUGGGAUGGCCUUUUGGAGAGCUCUGGUGAACAGAAGUUGUAUGAGGGUGUUUUACAGGCGCUGAGCUCCUGGACCAAAAGGGACAACUAA